AUACUUUUACCGGCUUCCGCGUAAAUGAAAUGUUACUGUAAUGAAAUGAAAUGUAAUGUAACUGUCCAUUCAAUUGUUGACAAUGGACUCUUUGCAAAUGUAACUUUUUGAAUAUGACUGAAGUUAUUCACUGCUAAUCCAGAUUACUCACAUUAUCAGGCCAGUCAUCAAAAUGACUAGAUUCGGGUGACCAAAGCGUUUCGUUCCAAAAGUACCGUCAUGCAAAAAUACAUGAGUUGGCGGUAGAGUAGCCUAGGCUAUAGAAACGUUUAAUGAGCGAUAUUUUAUGUAGUGAAGUAGGCAUGUAGGGCAACGAUUUAUUCAGGCAAUCCAAAAUGUUCUGUUUGCACUAAGGUAUACCGGGCUAGAAUUCACCACGGUCCCGACUAUUUCUUUACAGUCCCAACAACUGAUUCUUGACUGCUGCUGUCGUACUCUGGUCGUAAAUCAAGGGAAAGUGUUGGCUACAGUGCUACUCCCAUUGGCCAGCUGAUGAUUGCAUUCGAGCCGCCAGUUAUUGUUGAGUCAGGAUAACCUGGAAAAUCAACCUAUUGAAAUACACACCAGUGAUAAAUGAUAGGCUAGUUGUACGUCAGUUUCAUAUUCAGAAGUCGUGUGGUAAUUCUACUGUGGUCUAAUACUCAAGAGCAGGCUUUCCAAUGGUGAAAUGACACAGCUAGCCAUUUAGCCAAUGCUACGCUAGGUCAUAGGUUUUGCUGUUUUGUCAACGCUAUCAAAGAUAAAUGUAGUGAUAUGAUCAGAAUAUCUACGCACCGACAUAUCUAGGAACAUAUAGAAACUGCAUUGUUCUCAGACGAAGGAUGCAUUUGGCAGAUUUCAUUGCCGGCUCCGUUGGAGGGGCCUUUGGGGUAGCUGUGGGCUAUCCAUUGGAUACGGUGAAGGUGAGAGUGCAGACACAACAGAGAUUCACAGGUGUCUGGCAUUGUAUCCUGUCCACCUGUAAAGAAGAAGGGAUCAGGGGCUUUUACAAAGGCAUGUCUAUGCCUGUUACCACGGUGUCCGUGAGCUCCUCGGUGGUUUUUGGUGUCUACAGAAACGUUCUACAGUGCCUGUGUCAGCUGCGAUAUGGCAGUCAAGAGGCACCCCCGGCCAAACUCGACAUCUUCCUGUCUGGGCUGGCCGGUGGCGUUGCUCAGGUAUCAGUGAUGGCUCCAGCUGACAUCGUAAAAGUACGACUUCAGUGUCAGACAGAACCAUACAAGGUCACAGACAAACAAUACAAGCCCAAGUACCGUGGACCCAUUCACUGCCUUUUCACCAUUGCCCGUGAGGAAGGUGUAUUGGGGCUCUACAAAGGAGCUGGAGCUCUGGCUCUACGUGAUGGGCCUUCCUUCGCCACCUAUUUCCUCACCUACAACACAAUCUGUGGUUGGUUGACUCCUGAGAAUCAGAGCCAACCAGAGUGGAAGGUGGUGCUGUUUGCUGGCGGGGUAUCAGGGAUGUGUGGCUGGUGCUUUGGGACCCCGAUGGACGUGAUCAAGGCUCGUCUGCAGAUGGACGGCAUGGGAGAGAGGAGAUACAGAGGCUUUUUCCACUGCAUCACGGUUAGCCUUCGUACCGAGGGACCAGGGGUCCUCUUCAAAGGCCUUGGGCUCAACUGUAUACGUGCCUUCCCUGUGAACAUGUCGGUGUUUGGUAUGUAUGAGCUGGUGGUGCACUUCUUACGCCCAGUCUCUUAAAAUGGCAGCAUCUUUAGGUGUAGUGUCAGGAAGUAAUAGUCCACUAGGUAUUUGGCUCUGCAUAUGCACUGCAGCAGAUUACUAGCCAAUUUUACUUUCAAGACUUCCUUCCUGCCUCGAAGAAUGAACUGUUUGGCAAUUCCAAGAAGGUGAUACAAAAUAAUGGACCUGGACUACCUCUCACCUUUAUGUGCCUAUAGCAAUAACAAUAACUGUAUGGGUAGUGGAUAUGGAUGCACCGAUAUAUAUCGGCCAAUAUUGGUGUUAUUUUAUACAUCGGUAUCAAUAUUGGCCCAGAAUUUCACAGUUGGUAUGUCCCUAGUAGUGGAGACUUUGCAGUGACUACCUCAUCAUACAAUUUCAAAUUUUUCUUAUUUUGUUUUAAUAUAUAGAAAAGAAAGGAUUAAUAAAGUUCUCAUUUUAAGUUUAUUUAACAUGAUUUCAUUCACUGUGAUUUUGAAUGCUCUGACACAUCAUUGUAUCAUGUUUUAUUAGUCUGCCUGCUGAUGUUUGAUGACCUCAGUGUGCUGCUAUAUCAUUAUCAUUCAUACUUGAUGUAACAUGAAUAUAUCUUGAACUGUACUUUAAUUUAAUUGCAGAAUGGUCCUCUAUACUGCACUGCAAUGGUUCUCAACUGGUAUGCCGUGAGGCAACACAGAUUCUUAAAGAAGCACUAUGCAGGUCUGGUUAUUCCUUUGCUGUUUCUGGGUUUUCGCCGGAUUUGGGGUCGCAUUUUUCACUACACAGCUCCCUCUGCAGCUU